GUAUAGCAACUUAUCACAUUUUUGUGUGUAACAUCUGUGCAGAUAGUGGGCGGAAAAAGAUGGCCACAGGAGACCUGAAAAACAAUUUGAGACGUCUGCAGAGCAAGGUGAAGCUCAUCAACUAUCCAAAGGAUAUGGACAUGAAAGGAGUUUCCAAAGGUUUAGCCCAGGAGUUUCUUCCAUUGUUGCAUUACAUCUUACUGGAUUUCUCCCAUCCAAUGGCUGAGCACAUUGUCAACAAUGACAUGGAGCUAUAUGGCAAGAGUGAUGAUAAAUUCAUGGCAGCCGUCUACAAAGUUCUCCGAGAUAUUUUUCACUACAAGCCUUCCAUUACCAGACAGCAGUUCUUCAGUCGCGGCUUUGCCGAGCAUAAAAUCAUCCUAGUGGUUGAUCUGAUCCGAAUGGUAAAGGAAAAGCACAAGGCGCUGACUAAAGGAAGUCUUGGGAGCAGACAUGCAUCUGGAAGCCUUGUUAGAUUGCGUGCUACACCAAGUAGAGAGCAAGUAGCAUCAACCAGGUCAGCAAAUGACUCCGACCAACCCACGACCCCCGACCUUCUGACAGCAUCUUCUAGCGAGGCAACCGUCUUCCUGCCAACUACUACAGAAGCAUCUAAGAUCACUGAGAAAGACACUGGGUACCAUACUGCCGAGACCUCGCCAACCAUCAAGACUCCUGAUGACCAGGAGGACGUAAGGAGAGUCUCAGUGUCUGUGAAUGAGUUGCGUGCUAAGUUUGAGAGCAGUGGUUUACCAAAGCAGGAGAGUCUGGAGAGUAAACUGAGUGACACGGAUCUAGAAGAGAGCCCCGUCAUACAGGCUCUCGUUAAACAGAUUGUACAUUUGGAGGACCAACUGACUGAGAUGUCUGAGGAGACUAAGACAUGGAAGGCACAGGUGGAGAAGAUGCAGAGUGAUAUGCAGGCACGUAUGGUGCUGAUGCAAAAUACUAUCAUGCUACUAGAGAGUAAGGUAAGUGUACCAACCGAGCAAGCAGAAGGAAAGCCGGUCCGCUCAGUGCUGACACAGGGCAUAGCUCAGGAUGUAGCUACUGCUUUGUUGCAUCCGAUCAGAAGACGCCCAGAAGACAUACCUCUACCCGACUCACCAGCCAUCCCACGAACCCCCAACCACACCCCAUCAUCUGCCAAAAGUCCGCUUCCUCCCCUGUCCAUCUCAGCUGUGGCCCCAGAUCAAGAAGAUCUCAGUAUAGAUUCGCACAAGGAUCCUGUGGAGCAUGAGGUUGCACAAGAAUCAUCUUCAAGAUAUCAGCAUAGACCUGUCUCCGUGGUUGGUCCCAUUCAGACUCCCAUGGUUGACAGUAACGAGCUCCCUGAGCCGGAAGUGGUCACCAUUCUUGGAGCAACAAGCCCGAGUCCCAUGGACACAGAGUGGAUGCAUCGUAGCUCAUCCACGCCUAUUGAAGCUACCGCCGAUGAUGCCAACCAACGCAGAGGUACGGGAACUGGCGUCAUGGCCGCUGUGGAGCCAGUAGACGCUACGGCAUCCACCGAUGAUGACAUCGAUGAAGGGCUGGUUGAUGUGGAAGAUGGGGACUUGGGCGAUUACAUCGUGGAGACUGUGAGAGAUUACAGCAGUGAGAUGCAAUCCGCUGGAGAUAAUGUAUCUGAGGCAGAUGAGGCAGGGGAGUCUCAGCUUGAGGAGGAUGGAAUUGAUGAGGUACCAGUCAGAGAUGUAGGGCAAGCUGGUAUCUCAAUGGAUGUACAGAUGGAGACUGAGGGUGUGGCCAGCCAAAUGCAAAGAGUUCAAGAUAUGUUGGCAAGCACUCAGCAAAUGCUGGCAAUGAACACUAGCCUGACUGAUGACUCGCUUGAAGAAGACUAGCUUAACACAGCGGACAGAGAGGUGAAGAAUUGACCGGAAUAUAUAAAGAGUACUUUAAAGAAAACAAGUAGAAUAUGUGUGCUUAUACAUAAAGAAAUAUGUGUGGCUUGAGCCAAGGUAAUGAACAGGUUGGGCCAUUCGCAGUGACGCUAAGAAAAGAACACCACUUUACAAAGUUUUCCUUCACCAAAACCAACUGUUUACAAGCUUAAAAACAUUUUGUAAUGUAAAUAUUUGCCGACCUAUUUAUGUUCUGUAAAAUUAUGAAAAGUUCUCUGCUUAGCAGAUGCAUACGAUAUUGCCUUAAAAUGUGAAAUGUGUUUGUUUCCGCUUCUAAAAAGCCAAGAUGUUGUAUUCCCUUAUAAACAUGUAUUUAAAAAAGUAUAAAACAGGGGAAACCAACAAAAUUAAAAUGCUUAUAAAGACUACAUGUACUUUAUUAUAACUGAUUUCAACAAAAUAACACGAUUUAAUUAAUAAAAAGGGAAACAUUUAAAAAUAAAUCUAAUCCUAGUAUCAGCAAUUCAGAAACUAUUCAACACUUCAAUCGGAUGAUAUAAAAUUUAGAUUUGUACUUUUUGGUGUUUGUUUAUCGUGGUGUUUGUUUAUUGAAAGAUGUUAAGAUUUAUUUAAUUUAAAAUAUUUGAAAUUCUUUUGUUGAUGAACAGAAAGUUUUGUAAGUGUUGCGUUCAGUGGAAGCACACUGGAAAAUAAAUACAUGUUAACAGGAUGCUCUGCACAGAUGUCACAAUCAAAGAAAGUUUUUUUUUUUUUCAGAAGUAAAAUUGUCAACUUUGUGACUUAAGAAUUAUAUUUUUGCAGAGAUGAAGACUUUACAAAAAUAAUUGUGUUUUGCAAA